CUAAUUAUUUAAACAAUGAUAAGAUAAGGGCAUAAUAUUUGUGGGCAAAUCUAUGUUAUCACAAGUUAUCUCUAGUUUCUUCUUAUCAUAUUUUUAUUCCAACAGACUAGAGUAUCCACGGCUUAUUUCUCGAGCCGGCAAUAGUAUCACAUUCAUCAGUGGUACGAUGCGCUGGGCUACAUAUUACAAGUGACACGUUUAUAGAAUCUUGAGUUAUAUAUAGAAAAACACAUCUUAACCCUGGAUUUCAUCUGGAAAUUAAAUCAUGGAGGACGAGAAGCACGGUAAAAAAUGUGAAUAUGAUCCAAGAUGGAAUGGACCUUUAAAGGGACGUUCUUGCACCGAUUGUUUCUGCUUAAUUAUUUUUCUAGCUUUUAUGGCAGGCUGGGCUGCAGUAGGAUAUUACGCACUAAGUCAUGGCGAUACGAAUAGAUUGUUGGUGCCGACAGAUUCUGAAGGCCGGAAAUGUGGCGUCGAUUCUGAGGUCUUGGAUAGACCUUAUUUAAUAUUCUUUGACUUGACUACCUGUUUGACGGCUUCCGCUCCUUACAGUGGAUGUGAUACGCCUCAGGUCUGUCUAAAGGAAUGUCCUAAGUCUAACUACAUCUUCUCCCUGAAUAGUACUUUACCUAUAGAGGAGCUAAGGAACGUGACGAUUUGCAAAAUUGAUGUAGAUCUGAGCAGCAAAAACUUAACAGAAAUAGAAAAUUAUAUAUUGAAAAAUAAAUGCGCCAGUUGGUACCUGAGGAGCACCUCGAUUACUGGACGAUGCAUCCCUGUAACAAUUUGGGAUGAAUUUGUCAAUAUGACUAUCGAUAACGAAAAACUUUCUCAGGCGAAGGGAGUCGUGGAAGUAUUAGCGACUGCUCAGACAAUUCUUCUCAAUGCAUAUGACGACUUACUUUUUACCUGGAAGACAACGCUAGUCAUCAUUGCAAUUAGUGGAGCGCUUUCUCUAUCUUACAUUGUUUUAUUGAGAUGGCUGGCAACUCCUUUUGCAUUUCUAACCAUUUUAGGCGUAUUGGGUCUAUUCGGUUACACUACAUAUGCUUCGUAUACAUAUUAUUCGGAAAAUGGAGGACUUGGAUGGAUAAUAUUUUCUAUAUUAUGUGGAGUGAUCUUAGUUAUUAUUCUCGUGGUAGUCAUCUUCUUGCGUAGCAGGAUAUACUUGGCAUGUCAACUUAUCAAAGAAGCAAGCAAAGCAAUGACUUCUAUUUUAUCUAGUUUGAUCUUUCCAAUUAUACCAUGGAUACUGCAUCUUCUUGUACUAGCCUACACUGUGGCAGGUGGCUUUUACCUGGCAUCGAUAGGCAUAAGAAACUAUGCAGUGCAAUUUGAGAACGAUGACUCUUGUGUCUGUCCUGAUAAUCUUGGCUAUACGAAUAACUCUGUCUGUGUACCAGAUGUGUUUACAGCCAAUUGCUAUGACAGUGCCACAAACUCACCUUGCACCUCAUCUGGAUGCCACUUGAUCAGUACAGAUAAUCCCUGGUAUAUUAAUUACUUACAUGCAAUUAAUGUAGUCGCAGGAUUCUGGUUAUUCUUCUUCGUGUCAGCAUUAGGAGAAAUGAUCCUUGCUGGCACGUUUGCCACCUGGUACUGGACAUACAGAAAGGAGGAUGUGCCCUUCUUUACAAUGUCUAUCAGCAUAUGGAGAACCAUAAGGUAUCACUUGGGAACCCUAGCAUUUGGUUCAUUAAUCAUAACUAUAUGUCGAUUGAUUCGAUUACUUUUGGAAUCGAUCGACGCUAAAUUGAAAGAAUAUAAUAACAAGUUGGCCAGAGGGUGUUUGAAAUGUUGCAAAUGCUGCUUUUGGUUGCUAGAAAGUUUUUUGAAAUUCAUAAAUCGUAAUGCUUACAUUAUGUGUGCCAUACAUGGAAAAAAUUUCUUUCCCUCCGCAAGGGAUGCAUUUAAUCUCUUGAUGAGGAAUAUUAUCCGUGUUGCGGUUUUAGAUAAAAUUACAGAUUGGAUCUUGCUACUGGGAAAGAUUCUAAUUACUGGAUUAUUCAUUUGGAUUACAUGGUGGUACUAUCAAGAUUCUAAAGAAAUUAAUUAUUGGGCUGUACCAAUAUUGUUGGUAGGCGUUGGCUCCUUUUUAAUUUCUACAGUCUUCUUUACUGUACAUUCAGCAGCCGUAGACACAAUUUUUUUGUGUUUCCUUGAAGACUGCGAAAGAAAUGAUGGCUCCAGUUCAAGACCAUACUACAUGAGUAAACGACUCAUGAAACUUCUGCGGCGUUGAAUCCUAUGUACAUUCUUUUAAAUUGUCAGACGCCAUUCAUUUUCUGUAACAGAAAGUCUGCUAUUUAUUAUUUUGAUUCAUUAGGUCAGUGCUAGUCAUGGACGCACAAACAUCAAUUGUUUGAGGAGUUAGUUGUAUAUUGUAAUUUUCAAUAUUUGGAGCACAUUGAACGAGAAUAGUCGACUGUAUAUUAAUAAUUAAAAUAUUUAUCGAUUUUGUGAAUUAAAAAUAAUUCAAGAUA